AUGGGAGCGGAGAAAGACCACGAGGAAGAGGACGGCAGUUCCUCCACGGAAGUGGAUCAAGAAGAUCAAGAAGAAGAAGAAUUGGAAGAAUCAGGACCCAUUAACACUGCUCCGCAAGAAAACGAGAAUGAGAAUAACGAUGGUGGUUUCACAUUUUCCAAAUCCUGGGCCAUUGACAAGGCUCAUGUCCCCAUUUACACGGGAGGAAAGAUAUCGCCUCUCUACUUGAAGAAAUCAUCGGAUGACGUUCUUUCUUGUAUGAUUCUUCCAGUCGAUGGAGACUUGGUCGUUGUGGAUGCACAACGAGGAACCAAACUGGGAUCUGUCCGAGAAAGAACAGAUACCAAUGAAGAUGACGAAGAUGAUGAAGGUCUCGAUCGAGAUGCCAUUACUGCAUAUGCUCUAUCAUCCUCCAAUUCUCUCGUCACCUGCAGUCGAAAUCAUCUCAUGCAACAAUACGAAAUCAAACUAGUCCAAGACAAUGACGACAACAACAACGAUACUGUACAAGUCACACUCCAGAAAACGUGGGGACGUUCGGGACACUCCCUUCCCGUCACGGAAAUGGAAUUCCAUACAUCGGGAACCUUUGUCGCUACAGCGUCCAUUGAUGGAACUUGCCGCAUUUUUGACGCCAGACCUGGUCAUGUCACACAUAUCUACAGACCCAUUGCCGGAGGGGAAUCGGGACGACACGGGGUUUCCUCCAUUGCAUGGAUGAAGGAUACUACCCAUCUAGUCAUUGCCAUUGGAAGAGAUGACGGAUCUAUUGCCAUUCAUGAUCUUCGGGAUCAAGACAUGAAACGAGUCGUCGUCACCAGAGAACACAUGGGGGCUGUCACUUCCAUGAAUUGGUGGUGGAAACAACCGCAAGCAGACAACAACAAUAACAAUACGAAGGCUGCAUCGUUCUAUCCAACCAUGUUUGUAACCGCAGCCAGAGAUGCCGUCGUGAAUGUAUGGCGAAUCAGUGACAAGCCGAACGAGGAAAAGAAAAAGGGCAAGAAAAACAAAAAGUCCAAGAAACAACAAGCAUCCAUCGACAACACCUUGGGGGCGCCAAUGUAUCAACGAAUCAGCACACACCCAGUGUAUGAACAAGUGGAAGGAAUGGCACUUUUGCCAAGCGGCAGUGAUGAUGACGACCACGCUGUCAUGAACAUUGCAACGGCAGGAAGCAAUGGUGUGGUGCGCUUGUGGAGUUAUACAGAAGUCAGCAAUGAAAGGGCGGAAAAGCCAGCUUUGACGUUGAAAGCAGAACAACAAGCAUCACAGGCGUAUGGAAAGGACCGAGGAGGAUACCUGGGUAUGUAUGUCAUGAAUAUGCCAACAGAUUCCACCAGCAACACUGAUGAAGAUGAAGAUGACGACGAUGAUGGCGAUGACUGGAAUGCUUCAAGGAAGACAAACAAUCAGCUUGUAGUAGCAGACGCAGAACACUGUCUGUCAUUCCUGUUGCUUCGCGGUGACCAACAAAACGAAGAAGAAUCAGCUUUGUCAACAGCUCGCACCAUUGUUGGAUUCAACGACGAAAUUCUAGAUCUCAAAAUGAUUCCUUCAUCGUCAUCACCGACAAAAGCUGCCACUCAAGUGGUCGUUGCAACCAACAGUGCACAAGUACGAAUAUUUGACCUGGAUACGUUUUCGUGCCAUACUUUGGAUGGACAUACUGCAACUGUACUGUGUGUGGAUGUCAGCCCCUGCGGGCGGUUCAUUGCCACGUGUGGCAAGGACAAUCGAAUGUGCCUCUGGCAUACAGACACGAAACAGUGCAUUGCAACGGCUGUGGGACAUACAGAGGCUGUGGGUGCAACAGCUCUGUCUCGAAAGAAAGGACUCUACGACGUCGGGGGCAAAGCAGCCAAGAACGGUGGCGGUGCAUUUGCUGUCACAGUCAGUUUGGACAGAACAUUAAAGCGAUGGAAUCUUCCAGGCAGCAGCGAGCUCGAAAAACGUGCUCGAGGUGACCAAGAGGCACUGUCGCUGGCUGCUGCAUUCAGCUCCCGCGCCCAUGAAAAGGAUAUUAAUCUUGUAUCCAUUGCCCCCAAUGAUUCAUUGGUUGCAACAGGGUCGCAGGACAAGUGUGCCAAACUCUGGAAAUCCACAGACUUGAGCCUGUUGGCAACUUUGAGAGGUCACCGAAGAGGAGUGUGGGAUGUUCAAUUCUCACCCUUUGACAGGGUUGUGGCAACAGCUUCUGGUGAUCGCAGUAUCCGGCUUUGGUCACUUGGUGAUUAUAGCUGCGUAAGAACAUUCCAGGGACACGUCGCAAGUGUCCUUCGGGUCCGCUUUCUGAACGGAGGUCUUCAGUUGUUGUCCUCGGGAGCUGAUGGGCUGGUCAAACUGUGGACGAUUCGAACCAACGAGUGCGAGGCGACGAUGGAUGGGCACUCUGACAAGGUUUGGGCUCUGGAUGUUGCUCCUGUCGGAAAGACGAUGAUAACAGGUGGUGCUGAUUCCAAGCUUCUAGUUUGGAAAGACACAACAAAGGUCACCGAGGAUGCGAAACAAGCCGAACGAGAGGAAGCGUUCCUGAUGGAUCAACGCCUGGCCAAUCACUUACGACACAAAGAGUUUGGGCAGGCACUGGACAUUGCUCUCACAAUUGACAAACCGCGACUCACUUUGAAAGUCCUUACGUCCAUCAUCGAAACUGAACUCAAAGCGAAUCGCAGCCCCAUCAAAUGCUUGCAGCAAUACGUCCCGACGUGGUCCAUGGAGAGAGUGGUGCAAGUCUUGCAGUAUUGCCGAGACUGGAACACGCGAGCUCGCAAUUCUGAUGUGGCCAUGACGGUCGUUCGAGCUAUCGUCUCAGCAAUACCAGCAGACGAAUUGGGAGCAAACGAAAGUGUUGGCAUGAUAUUGGCGGGUGUGACACCAUACGCAGAACGCCACUUUGACCGUCUGGACGGAUUGCUUGCAAAUUCGUAUUUGCUUGAUUUUGCACUGUUUGCAAUGGGCAGCUUGGAAACAACAGAAGAGGACGAUGACUUUGCAACCUGGGAAGCUUCAAGCAAGCUUGUCUUACCGCCUGCACACGUGGAUGACGCAGAGGUUCCUGAUUCCCGGAGCAGCAGCGGCAGCUCGGAUGGUUCAUCGAACCGCGGGGGGAACAAAUCCGACAGUUCGUCUGACGAUGACUCCGAUGGCAGCGACUGA